GCCUGGGGGUCGAGGCGGAGGGGGAGGCCACCAAGGCGGCAAAGGCGCGCAAGCGGGCGGGCUUGUCGGGCGGGCUGCCGGGCCACAAGUGGGCGGGCGUGGUCUUUGCGUACGACCGGCAGGCGGACCUCUUCAACCACGACGUCUGCUUCGCGCCGCAGGCGGCGCAGCAGCUCUCGACGGCGUACACCCUGCUCGGCCGCGCCCCCUUCGCGAAGCUCGCGAAGCUGCACGCCGCAAAGCGCCGCGGGGGGUGA